GUGUGAACGUUUCAAACCGGCGUGUGAAGGGUCCAUAUACUUCCGUAACAUUAGAGUAAUUAAAUUGUAAUUAUGUGUACAUUUUAAUUGUUUCUUAGGUUAACUUUAGUCUAACUUUUGCUAGCUUUCUCCAGCGGAGCUGUCUGUUUUGGGUUUGCCUAACGUACCUGUACGUGUUGGGUCAGCUGAUGUGUGGCUAUGAAAGGGACGUUAUUAAGCGACAUAAAGGGUAUCUAUCGGUUGUUAAUGAGGAAUUAAUCUCUCGUUAGGUUGACGGUUCCUUUAAUGCAUGAUGGUAGUUGAGGUGGAGGGCUUUUUUGGCGUGUACAUGUUGUACUGCACCAAUCCUAAGUUUAAAGGUCGCGUCUACGUUGGGUUUACUGUCAACCCCGAGCGGCGGAUAGUGCAACACAACGCCGGCCUGCGGAGAGGGGGCGCCAAGAGGACGAGUGGAAGAGGACCAUGGGAGAUGGUGCUGAUCAUCCAUGGCUUCCCUUCAGAUAUUGCUGCCUUGAGGUUUGAAUGGGCGUGGCAGCACCCUCACUCCUCCAGGCGCCUGUCUCACGUUUCUCUGCGCUCCAGAAAGGAGUCCAGCCUUCAGUUCCACUGGCGCGUUGUGUCAAAUAUGCUCCGUGUGCCACCGUGGAGCCGCCUGCCACUUACUGCUCGCUGGCUCAAACAACAGUAUAGGAUGGACUUUGAACCCACUUUGCAGCCACCGCUGCACAUCCCAAUAGCUUUUGGAAGCGUCAGAGCAAAGAAGCAACUGCAGCCACAGCCUCCGUCUAUGGAGGAAGAAGGGCGAGAAAUGGGAUUGGAGAGGUGUUCGCUCUGUCAAGGGCCUGUCAAGCCUGUGGAAAAGCUGACAUGCUUCCACUCAUCCUGUCGCAUGACCAGUCAUCUGAUAUGCUUAGCCAAGCACUUUCUCAAGGCUGAGCCCUCCUACCUCCUUCCUGUUGAGGGGGAAUGUCCAGUCUGUCAUCAGUCUUUGCUGUGGGGGAGCCUGAUCCGUCAUAAAAAUGGUUGCUUUGAAGAAGAGAUCGCAAGCUCGUCCUCCCAAGACCACUGGGCAGAUGAGCUGCAGAUCUAAGUGGAGCUUGUGAACUUCGUAUCCUCCUGAAUCAACUGCAGUGCAAGAUGAGGCUACUACCACUACUACUACUACUACUACUACUACUACUACUACUACUACAUUUGGCUGCUCCCGUUAGGGGGCGCCACAGUGGAUCAUCCGUUUCCAUCUCUUCCUGUCCUCUGCAUCUUCCUCUGCCGGUGUCCCACCCUUAUAAACAAUACAGGAUCACCUGACUGCCGGUGUCCCACCCUUAUAAACAAUACAGGGUCACCUGACUGCCGGUAUCCCACCAUUAUAAACAAUACAGUUUCAUGUGCAAAUAUGGCUGUGACCAUUGACCAUGUGUACUGUUCACAGAGGGUUGGGGAAUAGUUGUAAUCACAGCAUUGUAGGAUGGCGACACGUACUCGUAGCCUAAGGGUCAGUGAGUGACCAGAACACUGUCAGUUACUGUCAGUUGCUUUUCUAUGUUUCUGCCAGAUCUAUGUCUUCCUUUUUCCUUUUUUUUGUUCUUUUGUUUACUCUGUUGACCUGUUUUGCUUUGGCAACAUUGUAAUUAAUGCAGUCAUGCCAAUAAAGCAUCACUGAAUUGAACUCUUA